GGAUGCAUACAUAGUUUCAAUAUGGCUAGAGGAAACAUUAUUUUUCUUGUAUUUGUCUGUUUUCUGUCAUGCCUUUUGGUGUCUGCCAAACGACCACACAUUGUCUUUAUUGUUGCUGAUGAUUUAGGAUUCAAUGAUGUGGGUUUUAGAAAUCCUGAUAUGAUAACACCUAAUAUAGAUAAAUUAGCUAAUACAGGUGUUAUAUUUGAUUCAGCCUACGUUUUGCCGGUUUGUAGCCCAUCGAGAUCAGCAUUUAUGUCAGGUAUAUAUCCAUUCAAAACUGGAUUGCAGCAUAUAGUUAUCGGAGCAGCGCAAAAUGUGUGUCUUCCUUUAAACCUAACAAUACUGCCUCAACAGUUAAAAAAAGUUGGUUAUGCUACGCAUAUAAUAGGAAAAUGGCAUCUUGGUUUCUGUAACUGGAACUGUACACCAACUUACCGAGGUUUUGAUUCAUAUUUAGGGUAUUAUAAUGCUGAUGAAGAUUACUAUAAACAUACUGUUGCUGGAUUUUAUGAUCUUCAUGACAAUGAAACUCCUGGUUGGAAUUUCAAUGGAAAAUAUUCUGCUUAUUUCUUUGCCGAGAGAGCUCAACAGAUAAUAACUAACCAUAACGCAGAUCAGCCUUUAUUUAUGUAUCUACCAUUCCAGAAUGUACAUGCUCCUAUUGAGGUACCUCCAAAGUAUGCGAAUAUGUACCCGUAUGUCAGAAACUGGGGAAGGAAAAAUUUCUGUGGUAUGGUAACUAUAUUAGAUGAAGCUAUUGGUAAUAUAACACAAACACUUAAAGAUAAAGGAAUGUAUGAAGAUACACUUAUAUUAUUGACAGCUGAUAAUGGCGCUGAGCUGAUUGCAUAUGGAAAUAACUGGCCUCUAAGAGGAGGAAAACACACAUUAUGGGAAGGCGGCACAAGGGUGACGUCUUUCAUGUCAGGGUAUGGUUUACAAGAAACUGGCAUUACACAUACUGGUUUAUUACACGCUGUUGACUGGAUGCCAACAUUAAUUGGUGCUGCUGGGGCUGAACAAGUACCUGGUAUUGAUGGAAUCAACCAAUGGGAUUCUAUUAGAUUAAAUCAACCUUCUAAAAGAACAGAAUUUAUUUAUAAUUUAGAUGAUUUUUAUAUUCCAACACAGGGCCAUGCGGGUAUAAGAAUGGGUGACUGGAAAUUACUACUGGGUUAUCCAGGUAGUAUAGACGGAUGGUAUGAACCUAUGAACGAUACUAAAGACACACCCCUUACAUACUACAUCUUCCCAAAUACUGGAGAUUCACCAGCAAGACUCUUCAAUGUUAUAGAGGAUCCAAGGGAAUUAAAUGAUCUUGCUGCAGAUUAUCCUGACAUCGUUCAAAAUCUUACAGCAAGGAUAAAUGAAUACCGACAAAGUUACGUUAAAGCAAAUUACCCAAAACACUCAGAUAUAGCCGUGGAAAAAGCAAAACAAAAUGGGGGCGUGUGGUCACCAGGGUGGUGUUGAACACUAUAAUAAACAUGUCUCAGUCAUUCUAGUCUAUUC